GACUACCUGAAAAAGACAGUGGUGAAACGUGGCUUGGAUUUGCCCUAUUUGUUGUUUUUCUAAUCAAGAAACAAGAAACUUUCAUGACGGUCGGUACAAUACUUUCUGUGACUUUUACACUGGUCAAGGUUGUCUUAAAAAUCCCCUUGAGAUAGAAACCUUCAAUGGCUUCAAGGUUGGGUCUUAUGGACUUUGUGCCUAUGUGCCGAAGACAAGGUUUGGAAAUCAAUUGGACAGAGCAAGUCAUAUUGAAGCUUCAAUUUCGACAGACAGAUCGGAUGUGGAGGUGCUAGAAUGUGGGCUGCAUGUAAUAUUUAACAAAGUUGUGGCAAGAUCUACUCAAGAUUUAGUUGAUACAUCUAAUGAACACCUAAACUUGACCUCUAUUAAACAUUACAAGCAUAUACUAGAGAAAGCAAGUGAGUUGGAAAGAUCCGAUGAUGUCCAUGAACUUCAACCAUAUUCAAGUCCCAAAAAGCAAGUCUUCGGAACUUUGCAUCUUACCAGCCAGCUGAAAAGAGAUUUACGAUCCUUGCUUUCAACGAUGAUUCAGGGAAGCCAUGCCAGUAAAUACCAUUUCUUUUUUGGAUUUUCUUUGAAAGGAUUUCAAACCUGUUGGUUUUUCCAUCAAAGUGUAGGCAGCAUGGUAAUUUGCUACAUUCCACCAAACUUAUUUGAUAACAAGUCAUGGAUUGGAUUUAGUCUUUAUGUUACCCUAAAAGGGCAUCCAUAUGAUCUGCUCAACAAUGAUAAUGAUUCAGUAACUCCUCAUUCACUUUAUAUAGACUUGCAUACACAUGGAAGUAGUAUAUCACAUGUAGCCACGGUUACUCUCCCUAUCGAUGCUAAAUAUUCAAAUCAACUUUUAUUGUUUCAUGCGCCACAACAGUUUUUGAAAGAAGAGUUGAAUCAUUGUUGGGAAGUAAGUGCUUUUUUAAGGACCGGUAACCCAGAUGUGGAGGUUGAAAUGUGUGGGAUUAGAGUAGUAUAUAAGCAAGAUUUAGGAGAUUUGAUUGAAAUGAUAUUUGAAUGUGCAUUGGGCGGUCCAAACGAUGAACAUCAUCAUCGAUUAUGUUAGCAAGCAUAUAAAAAGGCAGUUGAAGGUUUCCUCAGUGCAAUUGAAUCUAGUGAGCCUAAGAUAAUUAAAGAAGAAAUUUAUAAGAAUCUAGAAAAAGUAAGAGAAUUCGAGAGAUCCAUUUAUGUCAAUGAACUUGAAUCCGAUCCCAGUUCCAGAAAUAAAGUCUUGGGAACUUUGCAUCCUACCAGACAGCUGAGAAUAGAUCUAGAAGCCUUGCUUUCAAG